UCCACCUUCGCUCACUCUCACUAGCACUCUGUCAAUCAAUACAGCUUCGACCGAGCUGAUUGGCUCAUUCAAAUCGGCGCAUAAAAAAAAAUGGCAGCUAUCGUCACUGCUGAUUGGCUCAGGAGAGCACGCGUUUCGCCUUCCUUCGCCGCCAGCUCGUGCAGGCUCCCGCCACGCCAUGAGGGAAAAAAAAUGCGGAAGGCGAGGGAGCGCUUCUCGGGAACGUUAGGCCUAGCAGACGUACGUGAGAGCUUGAUGGCAGGCGCACAGCUCCGCGCUGUACCUCGCUGGAUUCGGCGUGGCGGACACAAGGCUCGAAAGGAAUCAUCAUUAGGGCUCGGUCGCCUUGGUGUGUGUUGUGUGUGCUGUGAGCAUCAACGAUCUUCGCGAACACAGUUGCUGCUGGAAACCCCUUCUCUGGAGAAAACAGCUGUCGAAUCACUCUUGAUCGGCGGCGGCGGCGGCAGCAGCGAAAGGAAACAUCUCUGUGCAAUGUGCGAUGUGCAGCUCGCCAUGUGAAUCUUGUGUUGUGCUUGUGCAGUGCGCGAGUCCAAGGGCGUGGGGUGUGUGUGCGUGUGUUUGUGCAUACUGUGCAACGUGCCCAAGCUGUAACACCAUCAUCACGGAUAUCGUCAGCAUGAAGCUUCUCCUUCUAUACAUACUACACCUGGUGAAGCGACUGAUAGCUACCAGCCGUCCACACAAGCACCAUGAUUCAAGUCUGCCCUGCGAGCACCAAUGUGUGAAUACCUACUACUCCGGAAUGAUAUUAUCGAAAGCCAGAAAAUGAAGCAGAAGACGACACACGAUACGAGAGAGCGACCGCGCCACCUCGAAAACCUCGCCGCAGAAGAACGAUGGAAGAAAUAAUGACGAGCCCAUAUUAUGACAGACAACCCUUAAUAUCACACAGAAUGGACGUCUUAACAUUACGGCGAAACAUACAACAAGAGGCAAACCGAGCGCGGCGAACGUAUUACGAGACCGAUGCAUAUCGCGCGAGAACAAAAAGAAAGCCCCAUACGGUAAAGGCGACGACAUUACUGGAAAGUGCUACGUAACAAACGAAGACGAGUUCUUUAAUCCUGCUUUUUUUCUUUCUUUUUUGCAAUGAAACGUGAGAUAACAAGAAAAAGUGGCAACACACAUACAAAAAAGAAGAAGAAGAAAAAGAUAGAAGAUAACCGUUUCUCUUUUCAUCUCCGCUCAACCAAUCGCGGAGUAGGAUUCUUGAAAGCGCGAGCGUAGCAGAAGACAGAUUGGUGGGGAAGCAGACGGCUCGGGACGCCACGAAAAGCAAAACAGAAGCGGGACUAAGAAAACGCGCUCUUCUCUCUCGCCUCCUUUCUUUGUCAUAUGUAUGUGCGUGUGUGUGUACAGCAGCCCGUCUGGUUUCACAAAAAGAACGAAAAUUUCGGUUAGAUCAGAAGUACGUAUGGCUCGUUGCAUCUGGGGGUGGAAGAGAAAAAGCACAGAAAACCGCGUCUUUCGCGCAUGCGCCUCGAUAUGCCUUCUUCUCAAUUCUUGCUUCUGCAUCAUCUCCGAGGGAUCAUUUGUCAGGGAAAUGUGGCACAGCAGAAACAGCGCAGCGUAAAUUGAAACGGGGCUGGUCGGCGAAAUUUCGAUAUAUGCCUUCUCAUUUCUGAUACAUUAUUCUCCCUCCGAAAUGUUUCACGUAGUUUUAUGACACCGCAUAUUUCUGUGUGAGUGCGCGGUAUACUUUUGUAUCUCUUGUUUUCUCCAGCUUACGGAACAAUGCGCUGUAUUCUUGGAAGACAGAGUGCUCACUGGUGUGCAUUUUGUGGGCCGCACUCCGUAGAAAUGAAUGGCUCUCUUUUGGGCAAUGCGUUUCUGUCGGUAGACAGUUCAGUUUGGCGAAGCGUGUGGUCGUACCUUCGGAGUAUAUCUGAGAACCAAAAGUGCGCUGUUGUGUGAUUCAUGAAUAUCUUUUGCGGGAAUAUGACCUUCUUGACGUCCAAUGAAGUAGGUUCGGAGAAAACGGUGGUAAUUUAUGGUGUGUGGCUUUUAGACAUUAUAUGUGAAAGCUUCUUACCGAUGUAAAUGUGUGGCACCCUGCUUGUCUGUGUGUGUGCGUGUUUUAUUUUUGUGAUCGAUAUCAUAAGUGGGCGAUUCUUCCCUUGGGCUGGUUAAACAUUGCCAUUACCUCCUGCGGUGUCUAGUUGCAUUUGGGGCCAAUAGCUGUCAACAUCCUUAAGCUUCAGGUUUCAAUAUGUACCUUAUCUCGUUUUCAUCACAAACGCAUAAGCUUGACCAGAACUGUCUAUCAGGUUUAUCACAAUUGGGUUUCUGCAAACUGCAUGCAGUUAUAUUCCAGACAACCGACAAAGUACAGCAGAGGCCUGACUACCCGCUCCUUACCCAUAACUGGUCUUGUCAUUAGUAUCUAUUUACCAUUAGUAUCAUAAGUGUCAUUAGUACAUUAGUAUUUUCAUCAGCAUCUAUUUGCCAACGAGUAUAAGGAAUCAACAUAUUGGUGUGGAGAGUAUGUAUGUGAAGAAAAAAAAAGAUAACAAUAUGUGUUAUUCGUUGUACAAUAUCGGUUUCUACUCUAUGGACUCUGUACUCUAUAGAUCUAUUCGUGAUGUUGUGUGUGUGUGCCUCACCGUGCAAACAAACAAACAAACAAAAACACAAGUUAACUGCAUCUCAGGAAGCACCUUUUCUGCACAACAUUUCUCCUUCUGCUGUGCUUAGGAAUAUACACAUGCAUGAUCGCAGGGCUAGCUAAAGGAAUCAGCCGCAGUGGAACAGUUCUAUUAUUAAAUGUCCCGGCUUGGUUGAAUACGUCUUGGGGUUCAUCUCUUAUCAAGCAAAGUGCUUUGCAGUAUCAGGCUUUUCAACCCGCUAUUUUGUUUUUCUUUUUUUGCAUGCUACUGGUUAGAAAGCAAUGUUGGAGUACUUGCUUUUUCGCGCCAUUUUCGCGGAACGUGGUAUUAUAUUUGCGUGUAAGAACAAUGUAACAUAACAUUGUAGAAAGAUUGUGUGACCAUGGAGAAGAGAAGUUGAACGUCCUGUUCCAUUCGAGGUUACAUUGUUGCAUGCGUACGUAUUAAAUGACCGUCUACCGUCA